AUGCGCAUAGGCGGAGUGACGGAUUCGGUGUACAAUGAGUACAUCGCCGCGCUGGGAGACGAGAUGAAGGGGAUGUCAGAUGAGUUCAAGGCGUUGGGUCUGGCUACCAACAACGUGCAGGUGCACACCGGCGGUGGCCAUUCCGCGCACAAGAGGAGGAGAGCUGGUGGCCAAAGGGACAUUUGUGAAGGCUUCUCCUCGAGAGAGGUGUUCACGGAGUUCGUGGAGACUGUCAAUGGCGUGCACUUCAGCCGUGAUCGCAACACCCUCAUCCUAACCAUACACGAGGCGCAUCGCAUCAUCGGCGAGGUCGCGCGACCCGUCACGGAGCACGGCUUCAGCGUGCAGCACCUCACCAACACCCGAAUCGUCAACAUACGAGGGUCGGUUCCUGAAGGGGGCCUUCCGCACCUGCAGGGAGUGGAGGAUGCGCUGAAGGGCCAUUACCCGCGUUAUGCUGAUGAAGCGUGCGAUAGCGGCGAAGCGUUGCUCAUCGAGAAGUUCAAGAUGAAGCCUGCGUGCUAUAUGACGGCGGCGGAGUUCGUCAACUGCGACGCGGGACUCUGCGUGGAGCAGGGGUUCAGAGCCACACCUGCUGCCAGCGCGUCGGAUGACUCGUCGGGCGAGAUGAGCCUGCCAGAUGGGCCCCUUACUGCGUGA